CAAAUUGAAAUCGAACCCGCACCUUGUGCAUUUUGCGCCGCGCGCGGCCGUCUCCGCGUAUCCAGCCAGCAAAUCAAUCAGCGUAUGACGUCUACGUAUGGCUAAGAAGGCGCCGAAGACCAAGGCGCCAGCCAAAAAGGCCAAAAAGCCCUCCAAAAAGAAGGAGUCCAGCAAGGCCAAAAAGUCGAGCGGCGCGGGCGCGGCGCACCCGAACGAGGUGGUGCUCUGCUCGAAAUACGACCGCUGCCCGUCCGAGCGGCACGACCUCGAUCCGGCGCGCACGCCGUUCGCGAGCAAGCCGAAGCCGCCGCCCUUCAUCCGCGGCCGCGCGUUUGAAAACACAAAGGCUGGAACGAAACUACCUCGCUCGAAGGACGGCUGGGUGCCCGGCGAGAAGAAGCCGUCGAAGUGCAAGCUGACGUACAAGCAGCUCGCCAAGCGCUGGGCGGCCGAGCGCUCGAAGGCGGAGCUCGACCAGUACAAGAAGGACUGCGUCUGGGGCAAGUGGUGCCCGGGGAUGCGCCCGCCGAGCUGGUGGCGCCUGGACCUCGACGACGACGCCACCUACCGCGUGUUGUGCUAUUGCUGGGCCAAGAAUAUCCGGUGCUACCAGCCGGUGCUGGGCCUCGACUUCGACCAGUUCCUCAAGAAAGCGCUCAAGGGGGACUCCGUCGCGAAGGGCCUGAUCGCGAUCGACGAUAGCUGCCGGAGGAUCUCCGAGAAGGCGUGGCUCGAGGAGAACGAGAAGCCGGAGAAGUGUGAUGAUUCGGUGUACGUCAGAUUCUUCGUGUAGAUGACGCGGCGACGGCGUCGACCCUCACUCAAUCGACGCGAGACAGUUUCGUCCACGCAGGCCCGGCCUGCGGCGUCGCGUUCGCCACGCUCGGGCCGAAGGGCGUCCACUUCCACCACAAGGCGCUCACGGUGACCGGGCUCGGCUACUUCUGCAAGCCGUGCAACACGGACGUCGCGACCGUCUGGGACCGCUUCGGCCCCGUCCACGCCGAGGCCGCCCUCGAGCGCGUCGCCGUCGCCUCCGGUAUGAAGGGCGUGUGCAUCGUCCUGCCGCUGAAGGAGGGAUGAUUUGAAGGAGGCGGCGGCUGGCUCCUAAGUUAAGUACAUGUUG